AUGAGUGACCUUGACCGGGCGAUCGAGCAGCUGCGGGCCUGCCGCCUGAUCCCCGAAAGCCAAGUCCGUGAAUUGUGCUACAAGGCGCGCGAGCUCCUAAUCGAAGAAGGCAAUGUCGUGUCCGUAGACGCACCGGUCACCAUCUGCGGCGACAUCCACGGACAAUUUCACGAUCUCAUGGAACUCUUCCGCGUCGGCGGCGAUGUGCCAGAUACAAACUAUCUAUUUAUGGGCGACUUCGUCGAUCGAGGCUUCUACUCACUCGAAUCCUUCCUUCUCCUCCUUUGUCUGAAAGUCCGAUACCCCGAUCGCAUCACGCUGAUCCGCGGCAACCAUGAGUCUCGCCAAAUUACAACAGUAUACGGCUUUUACGACGAAUGUAUUCGCAAAUACGGCAGCGCCAAUGUAUGGCGCUAUUGCUGCGAAGUAUUCGACUAUCUGGCUCUAGGAGCGAUCGUGCUUGGCGCGAGCUCCGAGCUCGAACCGACCUCCUCCAGCGUAAAUGCCACAGCUCAAUCCAGCCUUAUCGCCGACAGCGAGCUAGAAACAGAAGCUUUGAACUCCAACGGCGAAGUCACAAUGAGCACAUACCGACCCCGACAGCGCUCCUCCUCCGACACAUCCACAGACUCCCGAAACAUUUCCCCGCCACGCGACAUCUCUGCCGCGCCCUCGCGAUCAGGUGCACCGGGCACAGGCGCGGGCGGCGAUAGCAACGGCAGCGCCGUGACUAGCCGGACCGGAGCGGUGCUCUGUGUUCACGGUGGACUGUCGCCGCUAAUCGACUCGGUUGACAAAAUCAGGCUCAUUGACCGCAAGCAAGAAGUGCCACAUGAAGGCGCUAUGUGCGAUUUGCUCUGGUCAGAUCCCGACGAGAUCGAAGGCUGGGGGUUGAGUCCCCGUGGAGCAGGGUUUCUUUUUGGCGGCGAUAUCGUCAAACAAUUCAAUCAUCUCAAUGGACUGUCUCUUGUCGCCCGUGCCCACCAGCUUGUUAUGGAAGGGUACAAGGAGAUGUUUGAUGGCGGCAUUGUAACCGUUUGGUCGGCUCCGAAUUACUGCUACCGCUGCGGUAAUGUUGCCGCUAUACUUGAGCUGGGCGAAGACGCUAGUGGCGGUGGCACUGUUGCGCGCAGCAAUGGUGAAUAUGGCCGGAGCAAUGGGAUUGGCGGAGAUAAUAGAGUUGUCAGUCCUGGAAGGAGAUACCGUGUCUUUGAGGCCGCCGCGCAGGACACGAGGGGCAUGCCUGCAAAGAAGCCUGUCGCUGAUUAUUUCUUGUGA